AUGAGGACUACCCGGGUGUUUCUCCUGGUCCUCGCCUUGCUCAUGCUAGCAUCAGAUUUCGCAGGUGCGGUAACGGCGGCGUCAAUGGACGGUAGCGCUAAGUUCAGGUACAGGUGUGAGGAUACCCUUAUCCCAUCACCAAAGCCAUGUGACGAUGCCACUUGUAAUGUGGCGUGCUACAACCUUAUUCAGGUACCCAAACAAGGCAAGUGUGACGCCGUCGGGUGCAAAUGCAUGAUAUACGAACGCCAGCCUCCAAUGAGUAGUAACUAG